AUGACAGCCCUCCAACCCCAAGACCCCAAGCCAGAAACCCACAGAGCCCUAACCCUACACGCCCACAACCAACCCCUGACCCUGACCACCCUCCCUCUGCCCCGCGCAACCACCGGCUCCGCCAUCGUGCGCAUCCUCGCCGCCUCCAUCGUGCCCUACAUGGCCGAGAUCCUCCGCGGACAGCGGGCCGGCUACGCGCUCUCCCUCCCGCUGACCCCGGGCAACAGCGCGAUCGGCCGGAUCCACGCCGCCGGCGACGACGCCGUCGCCCUGCAGCCGGGCCAGCUGGUGUUCAUCGACAUCACGAUCCGGGCGCGCGACGACCCGACCGUCUCGAUGCUCGCCGGGGUGCACGGCGGCGGGACGGCCGCGGCGCAGCGGCUGAUGGACGGGCCGUGGCGCCACGCGACGUACGCGGAGUACGCGCGGUUUCCGCUGGAGAAUCUGUUCGCGCUGGACGAGGGGGUGCUGCUCCAGCAGCAGGAGCAGCAGCAGCAGCAGCAGCAGGGGCUGGGGCUGGGGUACUCCGUUGCCGAUCUGUGUUUGUUGUCCGUGUGUCUGGUGCCGUUUGGCGGGCUAACAGAGGUGGAGGUUAAGCCCGGGGAGGUGGUGAUCGUCGGGCCGGCGACGGGGCGGUACGGGGGGGCGGCGGUGGCGGUGGCGCUGGCGAUGGGGGCGACGGUGGUGGCGGUCGGGCGGAAUCGCGCGGUGCUGGCGGCCAUGGAGAGGACGUAUGCGCAUACGCAUCCGGGGAGGCUGCGGACGGUGGUGAUGGAGCAUGAGGGGGAUGUGCAGCGGCGCUCCGAGGCGUUGAGGGCGGCGGCGGCGGCGGGGCGGAACUCCCGGGCCGGCGGCGCCGAUGUCUAUAUCGAUUUUUCUCCGCCGGCGGCGGAUGGGUCGCUCCUGGCGGCGGCAGUGGGGGCGUUAAGGCCGUUUGGCCGGUGUGUCAUUAUGGGGGGCUCGACGGGGCGGAUCAAUGUGCCCUACUUGGAGGUCAUGUUCAAGUCGCUGCGCUUGCAGGGCCGGUUCAUGUAUGAUCGCCGGCACGUCCUGCGGUUAAUCCAGAUGGUUGAGUCCGGGUUGCUGCGGCUGGGCGAGGCGUUUGGGGUGGACCAUGUCGAGGAGUUUGGCCUCGAGUCGGCGACGGAGGCCCUGGAGGCUGCGGCGCGAUGGUCCGGCUGGGGGGGUCAUGUUGUGCUGAGGCCGUGUAAGAAUUGA